AGCCUGAGCUGUGGUGUGCCUUGCACACUAGGACACGGGAAAAAUUUCAUCACAGAAUUUCCAUGCAAGGACAGUUAGGCGUCAAUCCAGGGACCAGUAUCCUGGGCCUGAUAGAAGUUGGACAUGCUUCACACUAGACGUAAAUUACUUCAUCCUCUUCCAUCAUAUAUGUGUUCUGCUGACUAUGACAGUCGGAAGACGAACUCAUCCGAGAUGACCUGCCCGGAGCCCUCAAAUAUCAUCUUAGGAAGGGUCUUGAAGUUUGACCAGAGCUGGGACCGAGCUGGGACCGAAAUUAUUUUCAGUGGUCACAUAGUAAUCGCGCAGGGUGCUAUCGAUGAGAUACCAAGCAUGGACGGACCCAAAAUUUCACGUACGAAGCAACACAAGCCCAUCCCCGUUCGAUGGCGACCCCCUACAUCAACUUUCCCGCUUUUUAUCUUCCGCAUGAUGUGCUUUUGCUUGACGUUUCACUGGGAUUUGAAUUUCAUGUGGGAAAUCUUCCGAGAGCCUCAGGGUUGGGAAGACUUCCAUGUUCAAUACCUCUCUCAAAUCAAUCAAUUGAGUACUGUGCAAGGAUUGGUCCUUACGACUGUCGCAGUCUUUAUCUCCACUCCGCCGCCUGUGAAACAGAUCGAUUACACAGCUUAUGGACCAUAUACACUCCUAUCAGAGUCAUUAGUGUUCUCAUUGUUCGGUCUGCUAUUCCAGCUUUAUAUCUCUGUGAUUGGGCAGAGUUAUCAGAAGCGGAAAACUUUCAAGGCAUUGAAGAAAAAUCGAUGGCUAUUUCUAUGCCAUAUCAUCAUUCUCUCAAUUCCGGUCUAUGUAUUUGGCAUAUCUCUACUGCUGCUCCUAUUCGGUGAGUUUUUGUCCUCUUCCAGACCAUAUUAUGCCUGACCAGCGCACCUUCACCAGCAAUCUCUGUGACGGGCUUCCUGUCCUCUUCGACUUCAGCUCAGAUUUUCACCGGAGCAACUUUCGCCCUGCUUUGCGUGUGUCUGCUUGCUUCUAUCAUCCCGUCGCCAUUCUAUUCGCGACUUUAUGUGAUGUUGUGGGGGUCGAGAGGGCCGAGAGACUUAGGUGAUGACGACGACGACGACGACCACGAGUUGGAGGAGUCUCGUGAGAAGACGGUGGCGGGAGGCACUGCAUGAGGUUCAUUUCAAGACGUCUUCUCCUUGAUGUACCCGUCCUGAUGUUCACCUCACGUAAUGUCUUGGAUCAUCAUCUGAAGAUCAAACUGUUACAACAAUGACUUGUA